UAUGACAGAAGCUAUCCAAACCCAAGGAUAAUAUCAGUUUUAAAGAUAAAGUUUCUUUUAGAAGCUGGGACAGUCAGAGAGGAGGUCCUGGUAGGAUGGCUGCUUCUCGUGGUGUGUGGUGUUUUCUGGUAUCCUGUGUGAUAGUGGUCCUCCUCGGAGUCACAGUCACCCUCUUGCUUGUACUGAGGCCUCAGAGAACUGGGUGCUAUGGGGGCUUCCUGCAUGGAGCUGUUGCUGCAGAUUCUGCUGUCUGUUCUAGUAUUGGAAGAGAUAUAUUAAAGCAAGGUGGGUCUCCUGUGGAUGGGGCUAUUGCAGCCCUGCUGUGCACCUCGGUAAUGCACCCUCAGAGCAUGGGGCUUGGAGGAGGUGUUAUCUUCACCAUAUACAAUGCUUCCACAGGAAAAGUCGAAGUUAUCAAUGCUCGAGAAAGAGUCCCCAGCAGGAUCAUCCCAGACUUCAUGGAGCAUUGUACAAGAGGUGGCUCCAUGAAAUUAGGGGUCCAAUGGAUUGGGGUUCCUGGGGAGCUCAGGGGAUAUGAAGCAGCCCACCAAAGACAUGGACGUUUACCGUGGAAAACACUUUUUGAACCAACAAUUAAACUGGUAAAAGAAGGGUUAAAAGUUCAACCAGUCUUGAGCAAGUACCUGGAGUACAACCUUAUUAAAAAACUUCUUCAGAAUAGCUCAGUGUGCCAGCUGUUUUGUAAGGACGGAGAAGUGUUGAAGUAUGGAGAUGCUGUGAAUUUCACCCAGCUUGGACAAACUCUGAGUACUGUGGCAGAUGAAGGAGCAGACGCUUUCUACCAGGGUAUCAUAGCAGAGAAAAUGCUAAAGGACCUGCAGGCCCAAGGUAGCAGUCUGACCCUGGAUGACUUCAAAAAUUACAAAGUGGAAAUAGUGAAAGCCCUAAACCUGUCUUUGGGUGACUAUACCUUUUACACCGCUCCUCCACCAGCAGGGGGCGCAUUACUCAGCUUCAUCCUCAAUGUUCUUGCUGGGUAUCACUUUUCGGCAAACUCCAUGGAGGAUGACAAUGCCCGAAUAGAGACUUAUCACAAAAUUGCAGAAGCUUUUAAAUUUGCUAAUGGGCAGAAGGCAAGACUAGUAGAAUCUCUGAAAACUCGGAACAUUAAUGAGUUUACCGCCUCUCUGCUUUCCCAGAGCUUUGCGCAGAACAUACGUGGACGGAUUCGUUCCUUUGGCAAUAACUCUCUCAGUUAUUAUGAUGUCUCUGUUCCACACUUGGACACUUAUGGAACAUCUCAUCUGUCUGUCAUCAGCAGUGAUGGGAGCUCAGUGUCUGUCACCAGCUCAAUUAAUCUUAUAUUUGGUUCUAUGGUGUAUUCUCCCAGCACUGGGAUCAUAUUUAAUAACCAGUUGGCAGAUUUCUGCUCCAUUUAUCCUAAAAAUCAGACUCCCAAUGAGGGGGAACAUCCACCGUCUUUCAUGUCUCCCAGCAUCCUCCUGUCUCACAACACAAAGUCUCAGUUGGUGAUUGGUGGGUCUGGGGGAAGUAUGAUCACAAGUGCUACAGCACUAGCCAUAAUGAAUAAACUUUGGUUUGGCUUAAACCUCACAGAAGCCAUCACCACUCCAAUUCUCCAUGUUGUUAAUGGCACCAAGCUCACUUUUGAGCCUUCUUUUAAUAAGGCUGUACAAAGAGGUCUUCAAGAAAGAGGCCAUCAACUUGAAGUUAACCCCUUUUUCAUGAAUGUUGUCCAAGGAGUUUCCCAAGAAGGAGUUUGCUUGUUUGCCCAUUCUGAUCACAGAAAGAUGGGAAAAGCCACUGGAUACUAGACAAUGGACUUGGAAAUGCUAUGUGGACCCAGAAUUGGGAUAUUAACUGAUACAAACUGACAACCGAUCCACAUAGACUACCCCAACAUGUUUUCUAAAUACACCUUUAACUGAAAGUCUAACAUAUCAGAUAUCUUUUUCUUUACUUACUGAAUU